AUGACAGACGAGGGUGAACUAGUGUGGUACGUGGAGACUGCCGCACCGCAAACAAACCUCUUUGCCCAGCAGCUCGACGGAAAACCAGUUCUUACUCGGUGGCACGGCAAAGGAAGCAAGAACGGACAUGGAUAUGGCUCCGUCAUCAUUCUUGACGACAAAUAUACACCAAUCAAUGAGAUAUGUCCCAAGCCUAACUUUGUCACCAGUGAUGACGAGGAACCCGAAUGCUACGCCGAUCUCCACGAGUCAUUUAUUACGGACCUUGGGACAAUUCUUGUAACGGCUGUCAACACGACACAGGCUGAUCUUACAUCCGUGGGUGGACUGGUCGAUGGCUGGAUCUUGGAUAAUUGGAUUUUCGAGAUCGAUAUUAAGACCAAUGAAAUUGUCUUCAGCUGGAGUGCUCUCGAAGCCGGAAUUCCUUUGAAUCUAUCAAAAGUAUCGAUCGCAUCUAACGUUAUGGGAAACGGAACUGCAAGGUCUUCUGCUGGGAUUGGUUUCACAUGA